GGGGGUCCCGUGAGCUCAGGGUCGAUGUGGCGGUGUCCGUGCCCGUGCCUCUCCCUCUCCCGGGGGUCCCGUGAGCUCAGGGAGUGUGACAGCUGGAGCCCCGCCGGACACUUGCGUGAGUCCCGAUCCUGCCCUCUCUGCCUGCCCUGGGCCAUGGUGACAGAGGAGGAGGUGGAGGCCAUCGGGCGGACGCUGACGGACGCGGCCCAUCCCUUGCCCGCCCGGUUCCGGGCCCUUUUCACCCUGCGCAGCCUGGGCGGCCAGGCGGCCGUGGCCUGGAUCAGCAGAGCCUUUGGGGACAGCUCGGCGCUGCUGAAGCAUGAGCUGGCCUACUGCCUGGGCCAGAUGCGGGACGAGGCAGCCAUCCCCGUGCUCAUUCGAGUGCUGGAGGACACCAGCCAGGAGCCCAUGGUCCGGCACGAGGCAGGUGAAGCCCUGGGUGCUAUUGGGAAUCCUGAUGUGCUGGAUAUCCUCAAACACUAUUCAGAGGAUCCUGUGGUUGAGGUGGCAGAGACAUGCCAUCUGGCAGUGAGGAGGCUGGAGUGGCUGCAGGAGAACAAGCAGGAGCUGAGCACCAGCCCCUACCUCUCCGUGGAUCCUGCUCCCCCUUCUAAGGAAACAGAUGUUGCCAAACUCCGCCAAACCCUCCUGGACGAGUCGUGCCCACUGUUUGACCGCUACAGAGCCAUGUUUGCCCUGCGAAACCUGGGGGGCCAGGCUGCUGUGCUGGCUCUGGCAGAUGGGUUGCGCUGCGGCAGCGCCCUCUUCCGCCACGAGAUCGGCUACGUGCUGGGCCAGAUGCAGGACGAAGCCUGCGUCCCGCAGCUGACGGCAGCGCUGCGCAGCCGCACCGAGAGCCCCAUGGUGCGCCACGAGUGCGCUGAGGCGCUGGGUGCUAUCGCCCGCCCGGCCUGCCUGGAGACCCUGCGCGCCUUUGCCGGCGAUGAGGAGCGGGUGGUGCGGGAGAGCUGCGAGGUGGCCCUGGACAUGUACGAGUAUGAGAACAGUGCCCAGUUCCAGUACGCCGAUGCGCUCCGCAAGCUGCAUGCCGCUGCCUGAGCCCCGGCUGACGGGCGCGCGGUGUUGAGCCACCCGCGCCCCUCCUGCUGCCGUGGCUGCCUCGGUCAGUGUGCAUUCCUGCCUUUCAUGCAGUGGAGCUGGAGAAGGACCAGGAUUUGCUCUCUGGAACAAUUAAAGCCACCUUCCAAAUAUA